AUCACUGUAACCCUAACCUUGAAAUAAUUUGAAAAUGGAAAGUAUCAGCGCGGGUUCUGCUUCAUGCGGUUUCAAUUGAUUCCGAAAUAUUUCUGAAAGAGAUCAAGAAAUUUUUUUAUGUAUAAGCGAAUCGGGACAUUUCUAGAAGUAAUUUAAGGAGAUAAAAAUGGAGUGUGAAAACUUGGGAAUAGAAUUACGUGCGUUGCCAACAGAGAAUGAAACAUCACCUCAAAGCGAUACGGUCGAAAACAAUGCAGAAAGCGGAGCAGAUGCAAAUAACCAAGAGCAAUUGAAAUUAUUUACUGAGACUGAGAAGUCUUGCAAAACUUACUCUGGUGCAGCUUCAGUUGAAAACGAGAUUCACCUUGACAAUUCUUCACAGUCACAUGUAAUGCAUGAUGAUGUGUUAUUUUCUGACAAAAUAAAUUCUGCAGCAUCUGAACAAACGAAAACUACAAGUAUUAGAGAAGUUAAAGCUAUAAAUUCAGAAGACACCGAAUCAACAGAUUCCACAAGCUUUCAUUAUAAUUGGUCCAAAGCACCAAAGUUGUUGUAUGUAGUUACUAAAGAAUAUGAACCUACAAAUUUGUGCGAGAAUUUUACAAAAGGCUGUAAAUGGUCUCCGGAUGGAACAUGCUUACUUGUACCGUCAGAAGAUUUUAGACUGCGCAUUUACGAACUUCCUAGAGAUAUGUAUUCCGGUCAUGUUCCUUCUGAUUUUACACAGACUAGUCUUGCAUCUGCACUCACAGUUAAAGAAGGAGGUCUUAUAUAUGAUAGUUGCUGGUAUCCGUUUAUGAAUUCAUGGGAACCAGCAACAUGUUGCUUCCUCAGUAGUAGUAGAGAGAGUCCUGUUCACUUGUGGGAUGCGUUUACAGGAAAGUUACGCGCUACAUAUCGAGCUUACAAUCAGGUUGAUGAGGUGGAAGCAUCUAUCAGUGUUCAGUUUAUAAAUUCAGGACGGGAGAUCUGGUGUGGCUUUAAAAAUGCUGUGAGAAUUUUCGAUACAGAUCGUCCUGGACGUCAGACGAGCACCAUUGAGUUUAAACACGAUUUUCCAAACAUGAUUGGCUUAGUCUCGUGCGUUCGUGAAAAUCCAAUUAUGCCGGGUUUAGUCGCCUUCGGCACUUACUCAAAAUGUAUAGGUUUAUAUAAAGACGGACCAUUGUGCGCUUUAAAAACCAGUAGCGGGGUGACACAAGUUGAGUUUAGUUCUUGCGGAACGAAAUUAUUUUCCGUAGUACGAAAAAAUAACGAAUUCCUGUGUUGGGAUCUUCGUAAUCCCGGUAAUGUACUUUAUUCUUUUGAGGGAAGAGAAUCGGACACCAAUCAAAGAAUACAAUUCGACAUUACGCCUGAUAACAAGCAAAUAAUCUCUGGUGGAAUUGAUGGAAACAUUAGUGUGUGGGAAUUGCCGGAAAUCACAGAAUACGAUGAAGAUUUGAUACCGAAAUAUAAAAUACAGUUAUCGAAAGAUUGUAUAAAUGGAAUAAGUUUACACAGAACGCUACCUAUAUUAGCAACUAGUUCAGGACAGAGACAAUGUGAUAUCGAGACUAACAAUAGAGACAAUAGCGUGAGAUUCUGGUGGGUUAGUUGAAAAUAAUGUUCAAUUUUUCAUGUACAUACACACACACGCAGAAACAUAUAUAUAUAUAUUUUAUCAAA